AUGGAAGUCUCAUGGGAAGAAAGUGUUACAGAAGCCAUCAACACCAUUUAUCUUCUCUUCUCGGCUUACCUGGUGUUCAUGAUGCAACUUGGUUUUGCCAUGCUGUGUGCCGGCUCAGUGAGAGCCAAGAACGCCCUCAACAUUAUGCUCACAAAUGUUGUUGAUGCCGUCGUAGGUAGCAUUUCCUACUACCUCUUUGGCUUUGCUUUCGCAUUUGGUACAGGCUCCAAUGCCAAUCCUUUCAUCGGCACUACCUUUUUCGCUCUCAAAGACGUCCCCAACCCGGACUUCGAUUAUGCCUACUUCCUUUAUCAGUGGGCUUUUGCCAUUGCUGUGGCAGGCAUCACUAGUGGUUCCAUAGCUGAAAGAACCCAGUUUGGUGCUUACCUUGUCUACUCCUUUUUCCUAACCGGGUUCGUUUAUCCCAUUGUGGCUCAUUGGGUUUGGUCUUCGAGCGGUUGGUUGAGUACUAGCUCGACCCAAUUGCUGUUCGGAUCCGGUGCUAUCGACUUUGCUGGUAGCGGGGUGGUGCAUUUGGUGGGGGCUAUUGCUGGAUUCUGGGGUGCUUUCAUCGAAGGUCCUCGAGUUGGAAGGUUCGAUGCAUUCGGGAAACCAGUGCCAAUGCGUGGCCAUAAUGCAACUCUGGUGGUACUAGGAACUUUCUUGUUAUGGUUCGGGUGGUUCGGGUUUAAUCCAGGCUCAUUCACAAAGAUCCUCGUAGCCUAUCCUAGCACGGCUGGCCAGGGCAACUGGACUGCAGUGGGCCGCACAGCAGUGACAACCACAUUGGCAGGGUCCACAGCCGGAAUCGUAACCUUGUUUGGACGUAGGCUGCUAAUAGGUCAUUGGGACACAAUGGAUGUAUGCAAUGGUGUGCUUGGAGGCUUUGUAGCAAUCACUUCAGGUUGCGCAGUUGUGGAGCCCUGGGCUGCUAUUGUGUGCGGCUUCUGUGCAGCUUGGGUCCUAAUUGGCCUCAACAUCUUGGCGUUGAAGCUGCAAUACGACGACCCAUUGGAGGCAACCCAGCUUCACGGCGGCUGUGGAGCUUGGGGUUUGAUAUUCACUGGACUGUUUGCUAAAGAGGAGUUCGUUGUUCAAGUCUAUGAUUCAGGACUUGCAGGCAUGGCUCCACGACCUUACGGCCUUCUAUUGGGCGGAGGAUGGAAGUUGAUCACUUCCCAAGUGGUUGCAGUGUUGGCGAUCGUUGGCUGGGUUAGUGUAACAAUGGGGCCUAUGUUUUAUGUACUCCACAAGCUCAACAUUCUAAGGAUAUCAAUAGAAGAGGAAGUUGCGGGGCUAGAUGUCUCCAGCCAUGGCGGUUAUGCCUACGUGAAUCAUGCGGAAGAGGAGCAACCUCGCCGCUAUGCAGAUUAUGUGCGUUUUAGAGACGAUGAUCAAUCAUGA